AUGAAACUCCUUCUUCUGGUCGCCCUGCUCACAGCAGGCGCUACUGCAAUCAGCAUCAGCCCUCGGGCUGUGUGGCAGUUCGACAAUGCGUUCAAGUGCUCCAUCCCUUGGAUUAGUAAAUUCACGGAGUACAAUUACUAUGGCUGCUACUGUGCCUUUGUCAACUGGAACGACCGGUCAGCAGAAUUAGACAGGUGCUGCAAGAUUCAUGACAACUGCUAUGCUCAAGUCAAGAAGAUGGAAAGCUGCAAAUUCCUCAUAAGAAACCCCUACAGCAGUCCCUACUCAUACUCCUGCUCUGGAAGGGAGAUCACCUGCAGUGAUGAAAACGACCCCUGUGAGGAUUUCAUCUGUAACUGUGACCGCCAGGCCGCCAUCUGCAUCUCCAAGACCUCAUACAAUAAGGAUUACCAAGGUGUGGAUUCAAAGCGCUUCUGCUGUGUGCUCAUUCUAGGAAGUUGGAUACAAGAAACCUAA